CACUCACGCCGUGUUCACGCGAGAGGUGCGUGUUUUUUGUUGGUGGUUGUCGGAACUUUAUAAUUCAAUAAUUGUAUUUUUUGCAGAAGGUACUGAACUUCUGAUAGUGAUUUUUCAAAGAACUAAACUGUAUCUAAUUGAAUGUUAAGUUGAUCAUUUAUUUCACUGGAUAAAUUCCGGAUAAUCGUGUUAAAUUAGUAAAAGAGUGCCAACUGAUUGCACGCACAGUUAAAAUUACUGCAAUUGCUCUAUUUGUGACUAUUUGAGGGUUGGAAAAACAUAACGUAACAAGAUGGGUGUUUUCCGGACUGCGAUGUCAAUGGCUGCUCAUAGUGGAAAAAUGGGACUGAAAAGCAAAGGAACUUCUUUCCGCCCGCUGCUGACGUGCGCACCCGUGGCGAUGGUCAGCUUCGACCGCAACGCGCACACGCAGGACCUCACCAAGAACAUCCAGUACAUCAGCAACGACAAGCUCAAGCUGACCGCCGACCCUGCCACCAUGAAGUUGGACAAGCAACGGAACAAGCCGGUCUGCGUAAUGAUUAACUGGCUUCUAGCGCGGCAGAAACACGUCAUGAAGUAUGCCACUCUGUACCUGGAGCAGGGCUUCGACGUGGUCUCCGUGUCCUGCACGCCGUGGCAGCUCAUGUGGCCGCAGAAGGGAUCGCAGCUGGUAGCAGAGGACUUGAUCAAGUUCAUGGCAGCGAACGAAAACGACCAGCCGAUGGUGAUCCACGGUUUCUCCGUCGGCGGGUACAUGAUGGGCGAGGUCUUCGUCCGCGUCAUGAGGAAUAAGGCUCUCUAUCAACCCGUCCUGGACCGCGUGUCGGCCCAGAUAUGGGACUCCGCGGCGGAUAUCAGCGAGCUGACCAUAGGUGUCCCGGCUGCUGUCUUCCCGAAGAACAAGAUUAUGCAGAAAACGCUCCGAGCGUAUAUGGAGUACCACCUGAGGACUUUCCACGACGCGGCCACCACACACUACAUUCGCUCGUCGCAGAUGUUCCACAGCACGCUGUGUCAUGCGCCGGCGCUGUUCCUGCUGUCCCGUAGUGACCCCGUAGGCGCUGAGAGCAGCAAUCGCAGCGUGCAUGAUAGCUGGGUCAACCUGGGCGUUAAGUGCACAUGGAAAUGCUGGGACCGCUCACCACACGUCCAACACUACAACUACCACAAGAAGGAAUACGUGGAAGCCCUGUACAACCAUCUCCACGCCUACGGUCUACUCUCGCAGCCGGAGAAGAUGCGUCAGAGGUUAUAAUAAUAUAAUAAUAACCUUGUAAGCUACAUAAUGUAGUACAGAAACCGUACACCCGCGGGGUUAUUACGAAUAAGCAACCGAUUGCUAAUAGGGAAUAUGCAAGGAUUUUUUAUUUCUCACACUAGCUGUUGCCCGCGACUUCACUCGCGUGAAAUUCAGUUUGUCACAGAUCGUCGUAAAUUAUAGCCUAUAUGUUAUUAUGGGUUAUAUAUACUGUAAAGUUUCAUCAAAAUCCGUUCAGUUGUUUUUGCGUGAAAGAGUAACAAAAAUCAAGAUAUCCAAACUUUCGCAUUUAUAAUAUUAGUAGGAUUUCAGUAGUCUUGGCCGCUUAAGUUAUUAUCUCGUUAGAGAUCUCAUGACGUCAUUGGUCAUGUUAGAGCGACACGCAGAGUCCCAUACAAGUUACUAUGGGCGGGUGACAUUUGACGUCACGCUCAGCUAUUUCCAUACAAAUAAAACUUUGUAACUUUUUUGUUUCCAGUCCGAUUUCAAUACUGGUUUUUGAGAAAUUCUAUGAUUUAACUAAAGUUUAAAAAUCGAUGCAUAUUCCCUAUUGAAUGCAACGCGUAUGCUACGCCAAUAAAUUAUAGAUGGCGCUAGUUUUCAUACAUUUUUCGCAGUCACAUGCUAAGAUUCGUAAUAACCCCGCUGUAUUCCUAAGUUUCUCUAUGGUUUACUUAGCGUAAGAAUCCUCAAGGAAAUCUUUGUAUUCUUAUACUAAAGUUAAUGGAAGAAAAGGUUGACCUUUCUUGUGAUUGUGAUUAUCAGUUUUGUGUGGUGUGCACUAAGGAUUAUUUUUGAACAAAGUAAUGUUUUUGAUGCGGGGUUUCUGGACAAAAUGGAACGUAACCGCCGCAUUUGAAAGGUUCUGAGACUCUCACAUAAUGAGUUGAUCUGUCAAAAUUUUACUCUUAUUUUACUCUUGAGUUGAGAGUUUUUGGAUGAAAUCGAGGAAAUGUUUUAGAAUAUGGAUUUUUAACAAACCCUAAAAGAAGUUGUUACCUACCGACAACUGUUUCAAAAAGAAUGAAAACUUACUUAAUGGAAAAAUAUGUUGCAUAAAGCCAAGGCUGCGAAAUGAAUGCGAAUGCAAAAGCGGAUGGUAUAGCCUGCUUUUAAUUAACGAACAAAAGAUCGAAACCCAAAGUAGAAUAUUUGUGUCGCGAUUCGAGUAACUUUAUACUUUUAAGGGACUAAACGGUGUUAUGUUCCAUCGGUGUACUCUCUUAAAACAGCCAUGGUAAUAUUUCUUCUCUAGUAAUAUUGCUUAUGACGUCGACUUUCAAUAUCGCUGCUAACGAACUUUUAUUGAAUACUAAAGCGAUACAUUCGAAGUUAUACCGUUGGGAAUAAUUAUGCAAUAUUACUAACAUAACAAAACUAGAAAAACUUUAUUCUGAACAUUAAUAAUAAACAAUUUGAAAAACUGAUUUUUUUAACAUUGGCAAAUUAUGAUUUAUAAUACGGACGCAGGCUUUUAAACAAGAGAUCGUAGUUGAUUUGAUGUGACUGAAAAUAAGGUGUCUUAAAUAUGGCAGGUAAAUUUAAAAUUAUAUUGUUUCUUAUAUUUUGGGAGGAAAUUCUAUUAUUUGUCACUAGUGCAGCAGCAUUAGUCUUAUAGUUCCUAUUUUGGAGUUUAUGAAAUCAAAUUCUUAUGGCAUGCAUCGUCACUUCGUCACUGAGCGUGCCUCAUAAAAUUAAUAUUAUGGGACUGCGCAAACGUAGAAACUUUUCCACACCAUCAUAGAGAACCGAGUUAUAUGGUGUCAAGUGGAAGCAACUACUUCGAAAAACGUUUCGAAUGUUGCUAUCCCUCUCACGCAAAGCGAAAUGCCAGCAUGAGCGACAAUGACAGAUAGACCGUCGAACUAAAAUACAUGAUGUAAAUUCAACCUAUUUACUUAUUAUUUGUAACGAUUUACAAGACAAUGAGCAUUGUUAUUUAAAUUAUAUAUUUCACUGCACGUGUAUUUGUGUCGAUUUAGAUGCAAUAAGAAUAAAUUAAGACUUGAUUAGAAUUAGCCGCACUUUAUUUAGUCAAAAUUUUUAAAACAGCCCAUAGCGAUUCUUCUAACUUUUGUUUCGUAUCGUAUUAAGGAAUUGAUAAAUUAAUGCAAACAUUAUUGUACACAAAUAAGCACAUUAGACUUCACAUUUGAUCUUAAUAUCGCUCUUAUUUUUAGCGUAAUAAGAUCUACUCUUAAGUGCAACUUUUAGGCUUGAUAUUAUAUGAGUGAGAAAAAAUAUAGGUAAGGCAGCGGUUUGUAUAUUGGUUAUGAUAAAUUGAAAAAUCAGGGAAUGGCGCAAAUCAAUAUGGCGGUUGAUUCAAGACAAAUGAACGUUGUAACAACUUAAAAUACUUAACGCGAACCGCUGGCGGGUCGAACCAACAGAUUUUAUGUUUAUUAAAUGAUAUCGGCGUGGACUAUACGUAAACUAGUAUUUUGUUAAGUAUACUUACUAUAUUCGGAUGCGACAUUGUAAGCGACAUAAAUUAAUAAUUUAAGACUAAAUGGCAAAGGUUACUGUCAAUUUAAUGUACAAUUCAAAGACUUGGUAGGUAUUAGUCGAAUAUUCGUAAUUCGUAUACAAAUUGUCAUCGAAAGAAAUGGUUGUUAACACCUUAUGGCGAAGAUGGAUAUAAUAAUAUUUUAAUUAUAAGAUACUUUUAUAUUUAGUUAACAUUUAUAUACGCACUAUGAGUUAGUUUAAUAAAUACAUUUUUGUAAAAUCA